AUACUUAAUCCCCUUUAAAUAAAUUAAAAAUUAUAAUAUAUUAUAUGUAACGUUACCUGUUAAUUUUCAAUAAAAUUUCAAAACUUUCACUUUCUGGCUUUCUUGUUUAAUCUCUCUCAAUCACAAUUUCCCGUUAUCUAAUCUCUUUCCUUUUCUAACCUCUUUCGAUAAAACUCACUAUCUCUCUCUGACCAUUCCAACAACUUCCGACAACAAGCAUCUAACAACUUUAAUUAACUUUUUUUAAUCUUAUGCCUUAAUAAUGCAACUUUAAAAUUAAAUUUUUAAAUAAAUUUUUAAAUAAAUUAUAAUAUAUUAUGUGCAAUGUUAUCUGAUAAUUUGGGGAGGAAUAAUGGCGUCGGUGAGAACGGGUGUGAAUUUGGAAGCUCCGAAGUAAGGAGUAGUGAAGUGAUAAUGGAGGUGAGAAGGAGAGUAGGAAAGUGAAAAUUCAGGUAGAAGAGGACGAGUGGUGGUCGGGCGAUUGGAGGGAAGCAGGAGGACGGCGGUAAAGGAAAGAUAUGAAAAGAUAUUGUGGUGGAGUUUUGGAGAUAAGAGAAACGAAUGUGGAGUUAAGUAGCCGUGGAGAAGAAGAGGACAGUGAGAGGGCGCUGAGAAGAAAGGAAAAGUCGGUUGGCAGGAGAUGAAGACGGAAACGAGGAAGAUGACGAGGAGAGGAGAGAUGGCGCGGAUGGAGAAGGUGGUGGAAAACGGGUUGGCAGGAGUGAGGCGGCAGACGGUAGCGAGCUUUGGGAACGCAGAUUCUCACAGCACGUGGUCCGUCGAAAGGAGAAGAUAGCCGACGCAGAAACAGUAAUAGCAGAGUGAAAGAAAGCAGAUGAGGUGAAAAUAGAGGCAGAGAUGAAAUUUAAUAAUGAGGAGAAGAGAAUGGGAUAAUGAAGGAGAUGGAAAAGGACAGAGUGAAGGAAGAAAGUGCAGUCGAGAGGAGGAUAGAAGAGACUGGAAGAGAAACCAGAGUGAAAAUGCCAAAAGGGUUGAAAGAGGUUAGGGAAAGAUUUAGAAGUCUGGAGGCGAGACUGGAGAGGUGGCAGACGGGAGAAGAGGACUUGGAUCCAGACAAGAAAGAAAAGAGGGGAAGAAAGGUAUGGAGAAGCGGCCAGGGAGAAAGAAGAGGAAGCAGAGGGGAAGAAAAAGACGGUCGGAUGGCGACAAGCGGAGAAGAGGCGGAAAGGGAACAAGGAGCAAAGAAAGUCAGGGUAGGAGUUAAAAAGGAGGUGAUAAUAAGGAACAGAAACUGGAGAGAGGAGAGACAGAGGGUAGAGGAGGAGGCAGAGGAUGACGGAGCCAGAAGAAUUGGAGUUCGGGAGAGGACAGUUAGAUGGAAUGAGAGGGGAGCAGAGAGGAAUUAACUUGGAAGCAGCAGUGAAGGCAUUUGGAGAAGGAAGCGAGAGGGGAUGGAGGAAAUGGAGGAGAGGGAAGAAGAGGAGGAUAAGGAAGGGGAGAGAGGGAGAAAGAGGUAUAGAAGGGCCGCGAAGGGGAGGAGGGGUAUACGUCUGUAAGGCUGCCCAAUGGCCAGGUUGGUAGGAGGGGAUUAGACAUGUAAUAUAUUAUAAUGAGAUAUUGAUAGGGAAGAAGUUGGGGGACAGGUGGACUUCCGCUUCGUUUACAAUUGUGAUUGUCUUAUUGUAUAUUUCGUUCCUGUUUUGUAUUAUAUAUUUUAUAUAUGUUAUAUCUUUAUAUGUACGGCUGAUAUGUAGAGGAGUAUGAAUGUAUGGAUAAGAAGUGUAAAGGGUUUGGUGGAACCAGGGUGUUUUCAAGGAACCCUUGAAAACACCCUGGUAACCCCGAAAAGGAAAUCGGAAUAAACUUCUAUUCUGUUAUCUGAUAAUUUUCAAUCAAAUUUCAACACUUUCAUUUUCUGGCUUACUUUUUUAAACUUUCAAUCUCAAUUUUUUCUCUUUAAUCUCUUUUUUCUUCUAUUAAAAUACACAAAAUGUCAAAAUAUUAAAACGCAAAUAUUCUUUUUUUCAAAAUAAUUAAAACGCAAAUGUUACCUUCCCGUAAUCUUGCACUUUCUCUUUUUCUCACUUAAUAAGAUCUUCAAAUUUACUUAAUCUCUCUCUCUCUCUUUUUCUCUCCUUCUCCCUAUUACUUAAUUCUUGCAGUCUGAAAGAUUUAAAAAAUUUAAUUUUAAAGUUGUGUUAUUAAGGCGCGCGCACGAACAAAUACACACACAGAAAAAAAUAUAGCCAAUAACAUAUGUAAUUGCGAGCUGCCAACUACAUAAAAUACUCAAUACAAUAAUAUUUACUGUUAAUGCAAGUACAAUGUUGAUACUGCAAUAACAUAUAUUAUUGCAUUAAUACUUGACAAAGCUAUUUGUUACGGUCAUGUUUUUUAUGAAAUAAUUCACCAAAUUAAAUAAUUCACCAAAUGAAA